AUGGAAACCCCCGAAAUCGGCUCCUUGACAGCCCACUCACCCCAAGAAAGCCAAUUCGUCGGCUCCUCCAGCGGCGUCUUCUUCAUCAACACCGUCCGCCGCGCAUUCGGCUCAACAUCGCGCGAAUUCCCCCAGCCGGAGGACACACUAGUGGGAAGCGAAGACACAUUACACGGUCUGCACCGGAACAGUCCACACGGCGAGUCCGAAGAAACGCCAGUCUCACGGUGGGAAUAUGACUCCUCCAUCGCGUGCGUGCUGGGCCUAGCCCCGCCGCAAUCGCUAGCGAGGGAUUUGAUGAUGGUGUACUUUAAAGUGUGGCAUCCGCUGUUUCCGUUCUUGCAUGGGCCGACGUUUUUGAGGGCUAUGGAGGGGUUGUAUAGGGGUUCUGGGGACGGGAACGGGGACGGAAUUGAGGCCGGCGACAAGAACCAGCACAAGGAAAUCACCUCAACCGCCUGGACGGCAAUCUUCCAAUGCAUCUUCCAUCUCGCGAGUUUGGUCUCUCCUGAACUGCAACUCCCCCCGGAAUGUCACAUCCAACCGCCCAUAAGCGCCAGCAUCCACACCCUCCUCACACCACUGACUGCGCGGCAUGACCUCCUCUCCCUGCAGGCCUUGCUCGCAGCGCAAUUGUACCUCGUGGCAACCAUGUCCCUGCGCACCGCAUCCACAGUGGGCGGGUGCAUGCUACGCUCAAUGCUGCACGCCGGGCUACACAGAUGUCCAUUCCGGUACAGGGAACUCUCCGCGUCUGCGUCCUCACAGCACCGGCAUCUCCGCAAGCGUAUCUUCUGGAGCGCAUACGCGCUGGAUCGGUAUCUAAGCCAGGCACUUGGACUGCCGCUUGGUGUCCAGGACUCCGACAUCGACGUUUGUCCGCCCGGCGCACCAGAGGCGCAUAGGCCAUUGGUGCAUCUGCCAACAGCAAACUCCGCGAAUCCAAAAGAGACACCGAACGAAGCAGAAGCAGCAGCAGAAGCCGAGCGCACAAGGAAGGAAACCCCCUUCGCAAGCUACGUCCAGUCGGGCAAACUCACCGGCGAAGCCCUCGAGCUCUUCCACAAGUCCAUCUACGUGCGCUCGAUAUCCCAGACAUCUGUGCUAUUGCUGACGACCUCUGUGCAUAAAUGGUGGAAUGGACUCGACUUGCCUGCCCCGCCAGUGCCACAGCCGUCCACAUCCGCAUCUUUACGCAGCAGCAAAGAAACCGCAGGAGCCUCAUCCGACCUCGAAAAACCCUUCAACUACACCCCCUUCUUCACAAUCCUCUACCACCACCUCCUCUUACUCCUGCACCGCCCCUCCCUCUCCCUCCCCAGCAGCACACCGGAAUUCGCAUCCGCCCUACAAUCCUGCAUCUCCGCAGCGCGCCACAUCCUCUCCGCCCUGACGACGCAAAAAGACGCAGGGCAGGCGCUUUUCUGGCCGGGCUUCCUAAGCGCCGCGUGGAUGGCGGGCCUCGUGCUCGCGUUCGCGUGCCAGCUGGGCCAGUAUGUUCUUGCGAAGGGGUGUGCCGAGAUCGAGGCUUGCUUGGCGAUCUUGAAGAGUAUGGCGGGGCAGUGGGAGCCUGCGAGGCAUUGUCAUCGGGCGUUGGGGCUGCUUCUUCGGGCUGUGGAGAGGGGGGAUGGGCGGGCUGGCGGUGGCGGUGGCGGGUUGGCUACGGCGGCUGGCGCUGAUGGGCAGGGUCUUGGGUUUGCUGGGUUGGGGGGUGAGAAUGGGGAGGUGUCAGCGGUAAUGGGAGAAACGGGGUCAACGAUGAACCCGCGCAAGAGACGAAGGGUGGAACCGUCUUAUUCGACUGGUGUACAAUCACAGGACUUUCUGGAGGAUGAGCGGAUGAAUGCAGACUCGGCUCUUCUUGGAGAGAACGCUUUGGAUACCCAAGGCGAGAUGAUGGGGCAAGAUGUCAGCUGGGACCAGUCGUUGGGGUUGGAUAUGAACAUGGUCGAUCUGUUGCAAGAGGGGAAUUUCGACAGUCUGAUGGAUUUGUUCGGGCAGCAGUAUCCAACUUUCUAG